UAACAGCAUCACAAUGAGGUGCACGAUCGUUCUACUGGCUCUGGCCACUUUGGGGGCAGCUCUACCCCAACAGCAGCCGAAACAACGUGCUGCUGAUCAAGAUCUUCUGAAAAAGCAACAAGACACUUUACUGUUGCUACAACAAAUAACCCAAGAAAUCCCGAACGAGCAGUUGCAGAGCCUUGGCACUAAUUAUGACAUUCAAAGCAACUACCUUCAACAUGAAAAUCCGAUCCUCGUAAGAUACUUUGAGGGUGCUGUACAAAACGGUCUGGUUCAGCCAAAAGGCACUACUUAUUCGAACUCCAUCAGCCAGCUUCGUAAGGAAGUUUCCCUCCUGCAGAGGAUCUUAUUAGGCACCAAAAACUACCAGACAUUCUUAGCAACCGCCGCAUGGGCCCGUGUCCACGUUAAUGAGGAACAGUUCAUCAGGGCUUUUAUUGGAGCCGUUCUUCAGCAUCCAGAAACCCAGGGUGUCAUUCUGCCACCUCUAUACGAAAUCACUCCUCAAUACUAUUUUGAUGCUAGAAUCAUUCAAGAAGCACAGAACAUUGCACAAAAUGUUGCAAAAGGUGUUCGCUACAACCAAGUUGUAAUCCCUGUAAAUUAUUCUGCCCAAUUAUCCACCAGUGAACAACAACUAUCCUAUUUCACGCAAGAUAUCGGUCUCGCUAAUUAUUAUAGCUAUGUAAAUCUCGCUGGACAUUUAUUGGAGCAGCAAGGACAACAAACACCUGCGCAAUUCCAACAACAAGGCAUCCGGAAUCAGGAAGAUCAAAUUGGUCGGGGUUCCGUUUACUAUUACCUUCACCAACAAUUACUGGCUCGUUACCAACUAAAUCGUUUCUCGAACGGAUUGGGCCCAAUCCAAAACACCGAUUACGUUAACGUACAAGCACCAUAUCAACCGCAUCUCCGUACCACAAAUGGGCUGGAAUUACCUGGACGUCCUCAGAAUCUGCAGCUCAGUCCCACUAAGAAUGCUCUUAUCCAAACUGUCAGGAAGAUUGAGCAAAGAUUGAUUGAAGCCAUUGACUCUGGACAUGUCAUUACUCCGCAAGGCGCUUUCCUCUCUCUUUAUCAGCCGCAAGGUUUGAACAUUCUUGGAGAACUCAUCCAAGGAACUGGCAGAAGUGUUAAUCCAAGAUACUAUGGCAGUCUUCAAGCCGCCGCACGUCAACUCCUCGGCAAUGCUCCUGAAGCACAGAACAUCUAUGAUUACACUCCUUCUGUUUUGGAAUUGGGACAAGUUGCAGUCCGUGAUCCAGCUUUCUAUCAACUUUAUAAGAAUGUUAUCCAAUUGUUCACGCAGUAUCAGAACUCCUUGCCCGCUUACCAAUACAACGAUAUUGUUUUGCCUGGCGUUACAAUCCAGAACGUUCAAAUCAGUCCAUUAGUAACUCUCUUUAACGAUUAUUAUGUCGAUCUUGAUGGAGCUACACAACAACAAGUUGGCCAACAACAUCAAGUCCAACAACAACAACAACAGCAACAACAACAACAGCAACAACAACAACAACAACAACAACACAUCAAGGCUCAAGUGAAAAGAUUAGAUCAUAAACCAUACGAAUACCAGAUCACUGUUCAAAGCGAGCAGAACGUCCCUACUGCCGUUGUCCGCGUCUUUUUGGGACCGAAAUAUGACUACGAAGGCAAACCCAUUAGCAUCUCUCAACAUAGGCAUCAAUUCGUGGAACUCGAUCAGUUCACAACUGACCUUCAUCAAGGACAAAAUGUCAUUGUAAGACAAUCUCAACAGGCACCAGGCCAGAGCUUCGAUUACCCAUCUGUUCAAGAAAUCAAGCAGGCUGUCAACAGUGCCAUUCAUGCCCAAGAACCAUAUUACAUCACUGAGCCACACCAAAUUUUCGGUUUCCCGGCAAGACUGACUCUUCCUAGAGGUCAACCUGGUCAAGGAUUGCCACUUCAAUUAUUAGUUGUGAUCUCUCAAUUAGGAUCACAAGACGUAUCCUAUGGACCGGUGGUUCCAGAACAACAUCAAACUUACGAACAAGGCGAAUAUCAACUAGUUAGUACUGAGGACUAUCAACAGAUCCAACAUCAAGGUGCCAAAGUAAUCGGUGUGAAACAGACUGUGGAGGUUGUACCAGAAACUCUGUCGUACAGUCAGCAACAGAAUCAAGGUGUAAGGAACCAUUAUGCUGAUCUUUAUACUCAACAACAUGGACAAUACCCGUACACGCACUCCCAGUAUCAAGUAGGCCAAGGACAAAGACACGGACAAACCGUUUACGGUGUACAAAACCAAUGGUUUGGACGUCAAGAUCAACAAUGGCAGCACAGACAACAGGGACAAAAUGCUCAAGAACAACAGCAAUGGAGUCAACCCCAAGGUAUUUACCAUCAAGAACAACAGGGACAAUACCAACAAUACCAACAUGGCCAACAAAGUACAGUAGGAUUCCAAGGUGAAGUACCAGUUGGUGUACAUGUCUCGCAACAAGGUAUUCAUGGAGUACAAUCAGGCAUACAAGGUGCCCAUGGUGUCCAAGAUGUACAAACUGAACAUGGCGCACAAUACUUCGGAGUAAAGGGAAAUCAAGGCCUCCUUAACAGCAUUCAGUCUGGAAUUCAAAACAGAUAUCACUUUGCUUACCAAGGACAGACCCAACAACAAGGAUAUACUGGUAGCGGACAAUACCAUGCCGGUGGUUUCCAAGGUAUCCUGAGUCAAAGACAAAAAACGCAGGACACAAAUGUCAACAGAUACUACCAAAAUAAGCACAUCUCUGAAAUAAUCGGUGGUGCUAUCUCUCUCGAUGGUAAACCUCUUGGCUACCCGUUGGACAGACCUUUGACUACCGGUGCACUUUCUGUGCCUAACGUUUACGUUCAAACCGUCCACAUUGUUCAUGAAGGCCAACCCACCAACGAAGUAAACACUCAUUAAAAUGUUCCUUAAAAAACAGAUAUAAUAGGUAUGUAGCAUCGUUAAAUGCAACGAUGCUUGUCUAAAAGCUAUUUCGUUCAAUGUAAAAAAAGAAUUAUCAAUUCAUUGUAGCAAAUGCAAUUAAUAAAUUGCCCUAAAA